UACAGUUGAAACCAAAUUAGACGGCAGCAAGGAUGCUGGAAAGGAACAAAUUGGGAAGUGUCUACUUUACGCCAAAUCAUUUUAAGGACAGCUUGAGACGUGCAAAAAAGAUGAAAAUUACUGGGCAGAAAAGGUCUGCUCCAGCUCCUACCCAAGGUCCCACCAGUGCUGGGGCUGCAGGGCUACCUCCUGCUACCAAUGUGUCAAGCAGCAAACGGCUGCAGCAGACACAAGCCCGGGUGGAUGAGGUGGUAGACAUCAUGAGAAUGAAUGUGGACAAGGUGCUAGAAAGAGACCAGAAGCUAUCAGAGCUUGACAACCGGGCAGAUGCAUUGCAAGCAGGUGCCUCACAGUUUGAAACCAGUGCAGCCAAACUGAAGAGAAAAUACUGGUGGAAAAAUUGCAAGAUGAUGAUCAUCCUUGGUGUAGUAUGCGCAGUCAUUCUCAUUAUAAUUAUAAUUUAUUUCUCCACUUGAAAAAGCAAAGAAGGAAGACUUGGCACAACUUUGUUCAUAUCAACCAACGGUAUCAGUGUUCCUUUGUUGAACUCCGCUUUUUAAUUCCCGGUGUCUUGGGAUUUUUGCUUGUAAUAACCCAUAAGCAUUCGGUGUGGUGUGUUUCGGAAUUCUGUUGUUUCCACAAGAAACUGUGCCAGCUAAAUACUGCCAAGUAGAUCCAUACACUGUCUUAUCACUGUGUCUUAAAAUGUGUAUGCAUUGACCUUCAGAAACUGUAGUAUAUGAAAAGCAUCCUAAGCAUCUCGGGAUCAGAGAAUGCAGCUAUGGGGAAGCUCCUGCUUAAAGGGACAAGGUGGAUUGGACCCAAACCUAAGGUUGCAGCAAACAUUAGAGCCAAAAUUCUCAAUCUGAGCACCUAAAGUUGGAUGGCAAAAUCCACUAUCAGAUGUAACUUUUUGAGGUAGUACCUGCUACUCCCAUUGAAAAGAGUGGCACCUACAAGUAUUCAUGUAAGACAUCUUAUUUUCAACGUAGCCAACAAAACACAGAUUUUUUUGAGAUUAGUUGUAGUAUCCAAAUCUAAAAACAUUGUCUGCAGGAAAUAAAUAGGACUGGAUUAUCAUCUUCUAUGGAUUUAAAUUUUUCCUUAUGGGGUGUUCUGUACAAGCAGGAUGACCUCAAUAUGAAAGCCAGAAAGAAAACUGUAUGAAAACAAAAAAGCAUUAGCUAGCACAAUCUUGAAAAAGCCAAGUGAAAUGCAAAAAUUGUAAUACAGGCACCAUAAAUGACCAAGAUACAGACUUUUGCUAAAAACUCAAGGCACUGUUUGUCAGACUUCAUGGGACUCUCUUGAAUGCCAAUCCCCAAUACUUAUGGCCCUAACUUAAAGCACAUGAACAACUUUGGUGAUGUCUGUGGCUUGCGAGCACAGUUGUAGGAAGCAACCUCUGCAGCAUUUUGCAGAAACGGUCCCUACUGUGAGGACCGUUCAAAAAUCAGGAGAAGAAGGUAUGGGUAAAUAGAGGGAACAGUGGAGAGAGGCUGAGGAAGAGAAGGGUGCCUAGCAAAGCUUUCUUGGAGAAGAGGAAGGCAGAGAAAUAUUGUUCCAAAGUGGUGGUGUUAAUGGGCUUUUUAAAAAUUUAAUUUAAUUUGUGUGUGUGUGUAUAGUUCAUAAACUAUAGUGUUGUCUUUGUAAAGUGCUCAGCUGAGAUAUUUUUCAUACUCACUUUAACAUUUGAUGUAAUUAAGAGAAAUGAUACAUUGCAGUUUGAGAGAAAGUUCUUGUAUGCUGUUGUUGUAGGGUUUCUCCCAAAUGUUGAAUUCCUUGUUUUUUCUUUUUUUAAACACUGAAUAAUUUAAUCAUAGUUAACCAAAAUAAAAAUGAAUUAUCAAAUUUUGAGCCAGGAAAUUCUGAAUGGGUCUUUUUAGUAUAACUCCUUUUGAAUUUCUAAGAAGAAUUUGUAGAAUUUAAAAAAAAAAACAACCUUUUUUUUUUUUUUUGUCCGCAAUUUAAUUAGGGCAUAGAAGUGGUGAUAAUAGUGGUGUAAAUAUUCCCACUGUGGAGCAUCUUUCUUGACAUGGUCUUAUAUUAAAAAAAACAGAGACCCAGACCAGUUCGCUGCAGUGGGUGUAUAUACAAAUUGUGCUUAAGUAGAAUUUUGCAGACAGAAUAAGCAAUGAUCAGUUGAAAGGUUCCAGUUGCAUUUUUUUCCCCUAUAUAUUUAUUACUUCAUAUUCAUAUGUACUGUUUCAUAUCAUUAAGUAGUAAGUGGCCACAGUCUUAAUGAAACUUAACUUUCAAAGUUACUAAUGUGCUACUGGACUCCCUGGUAUGCCCUGUUCACUUCAGUCCUUCAGCUGAGUGAGUACAUAAAAAAUUCUAAAAUCCUUAUGGGCCAGACAGAAAACUCUGCUGUCAUGAAGGACAUUGACUCCAUGAGGUGCCACAACUGAAUGCUACAUAUAAUUGAGCCUUCACUGGAAAAGGAAUAAGCCGUCCAAAUUCAGGACCCCUUUUAAACUACUAAGAUAUUUGGCUAGCUGAUAUGAGAGAGUUAUCUCCUAAGAGUGAGACCCUGCCACCCAUACCCAUGUUGAGCAUGGCUUGAUCCUCACAGGGCUUCUCUACAGGAAUGCUGAAAAGACUCAUGAGAUGAAGAUAUAGCUUUCACUGGAGAUGGUACCAUCAGUAAGGUUAUAUGCUGAUACAGAUCCUUAAAGUAGACGGUGCCUUCUCCUAUGAGUCUGAACUGACUACUUAGCUGAUACAGCUGCAAAUACACAUCAAGGAGUUUGAAUCUUCUAGCUACAAAGAUGCAAAGUUUCCAAAUGAAACUGCUAUAAGAAUGCAAAGCCUACACCCUCCUAGCUAACAUAUCUCAAGCAAGUUAAUAAUCAAAGUGGGAGCUUUAGGGGAGAGUGGAGAAGAGAAACUGCUGGCUGUGGAAUGUGUACUCAUUCUCCCUCAAACCAGUAACUAAUGGGGAUGACUGCUAAAUGUUGGUGAGAAUUUGCAAGGAGUAGUUUAGUCAAGAGACCUAGCCUCUGGCGGGUUGUAAAAUGUUUGUGAAGAGACAAUUUCCUCCUGUGUGCUAAUGAAAUAUGCUAAAUUAACAUGUUUAACUCUUUUAAGUUGUUUGCAUAUAGUGUGCUUGUGAAUGUUCGAUGUUUGCUACUUGUGCUGUGCUGGUUGGUUGCAAUCAGUAAGAUAAGCCACGUAACAUUUCUAAUUCAGCCCAGAAAGCAAGUAUGUCCUUCCCUGAUGCGCAGAGCCAGAGUUGAACUGCUCCUGCAGAGGGUUAAUUCUUCUGCAAGGAGAAUAAUGGUAAUAUAGGACUGUUUGGGGUUGUAGAUUGUGCAACACCAUCACAUAUAUGUAGACUGGUACAGAGGACAAUCUAUAUAAACACAGUUGGAGAUCUUACUUGUGUUGAAGCCAGGAUUGAUUGAUUUCCACUCACUGCCUCUACAUUUAAAAUGUCCAUGCAGUUACAACUGCCUACUUGUAAUAGUAAAUUUCCCAUGAGAAGAUUAACUCAUUCUUGUUUAGUCAGAACUGAUUAGAAUGUCAGUUACUGGGUAGAAUUUCAACUACUACUCUUCAUCACUAACUACUCCCUAGGCUUUUACCUUGGGCUGGUAAAAAGGCACAAAAGGGCUUCCUUUUACCCACUCCCCAGCAAACCCUUGGGACUGCAAGGCUGAUUGCUUUCUGACUGCCAUCUUGGGGACUGAACUGAAGUCUUCUCUGGCUGGCUGCAAGGAUUUUGAUAGCUUUAGUCAGAGUUAGAUGUUGUUUGAGACUUGUGUAUUCUAUCCUUAUGAGAAGCACUUGCUCUUCCUCUGAUUUCUGGGCUACAGCUGAAUAGCUAGGAUGAUAUGCCAUUCAAAACCAGCAUAGCUGAAAUGGGGUGGUUAGGAGCUGGUCUGUGCUUGUACCACAGCUGCUGUUUGGCUUGCCAAUGAGUGCACAUCAGCUUCUGAGGUUGAAGAAGUGUUAUUUGCAUCCACAAUCCACAGGCUAGUAAGGUUCUGCUUGGGCAUUACACCUUCUUCCUUCUAAUUCAUCUCACCUUGCAAUAACAUAAAUGUGUCUUUAAGCCUAAAAGAAUUGGUAUACGGAACUUGCAGGAGCAAGUAGCGUAGAAGCCCAAAUGGAGCACUUGACCCAAUUUUCACUUGACAACAUUAUGUAACAGCACAGCCAAUCCAACACAGUCCAACAUAAUCCAAUAUUAUUAGAAGGAGGAGGGGAGAAUCUGAUAAAGAUUCUGAAUGUAACCUAGGGUCUGUAAGACAAGAAGUGAUUUAGAAAUGUAAUGAAAUGUUUGAUUUUUAAAGUUGGCCCUUGAAUUCUAUUGGAACCUGCAUAAAGUUAGCCCCGGAAACAGUUCAGGCAAGUAAAAUACUUGGCUUUUUUCUUUUUAAAUGGUGAUCUGCAAUAAAUGACUUAAACACUCACAAUGACGGAAGAACAGGACAGUAUUAACUGUGCAAGGAAUCAAUUAGAACAGCUACAAUCUGCUAUGUUUUUGUCCAGGUAGCAAGACCUUUUGAAAUUCUCCUAUGUCUGUGUCUCAUUUCUGUCACUGCUCCUCUGACAGGGCUUCACAUAACUUUAACAUUAUGAACAGCUGAGCUACUUCUUGUCUGAAUACAGUGGAUUUUAGCUCUUAAGAGCAAGCUCAUGACUUGACAUCUGUGUUAGAAAGUACCUGUAAAAUGGUGAUGACUGCUUCUCAGAAGUGCAUCUACCAUGAGAGACUCAAACUUCAGGAACUUUUAGAAGCUCAGAUGUUACUCAACUCUUUUUCAUGCUUUUACAGAGUGAGUUUUUCUCUAUUCCAUGGGAGGUUAUCCACCCAGUGGGAGUAUGUAUAAUCUAUUAUUUUUUUAUGACAGUGCCUUGAUCACACAUGUUGGUGCUAGGCCUUCACAAAGAAACUAGAGAGCACUUGGAUGUGAUCCAGGAUUUAGAUCUCAACCCUGCUUCUCCUGCCCUUUAAACAGGGAAGAGGGCUAAACCAGUAGCCACAUAAGGCACUGGGCUCACUCCCAGUGUACACGGUGAGUAUUGGAGAAAGGCCUCGAAGAGACCAAAGUCUCUUUGGUUUGGAUUCAUGUCCCGACCUGAACUUUAGACUCAGAACAGAUCAUAACCUUUGGGCUCCCUGUGUAGUCAGAAUAGUGAGAUGCUCUUCCAGCCAGUUCUUCCUCUCACCUGAUUUAGGUCCCUCUUGCUAGACAAGAUACAUUUGAGCAUGUGUUUCUUCAUGCAGGAGAAAGCACAAGCACCCUCAAAUUACCUUCUUUAAAAGCAAAACCAAAAAGGCUGAAGAAUGUAGUUUGAAAAAAAUGAAUUGUAUCUAGAGAAAUGAUUGGCUGAAGAUUUCUCAGAUGGUGACAUUAUUUUCAGGAGGGAUACUAGAUUGGGAUGUAUGAAACAAUCAAACCAGAACCUCACAUCAGUUGUUCUUGCUUCAUCUGGUCUCCUUCAGAAAUACUUCUCCAUUCCACUUCAACAAAGGACUUUGUUUUCCUCUUCAGCUAAUUUCCCUUCCUUAUUUCAUUAAUGUAUGUCUCCAUUGAUGUGCUCAGUAGCUUUUUUUCUCCAUUGAGAACCAGAAGACUGUCUGCCUUUAAACACAUGCAUAAAAAGAGAUGUGAGCCACCCAAAGAGUUUACUUUUCUUCCUGAUGCACUGACAUUUAAAAUCUACAUCUUACAAUAAAGCAGAAAAAACUGUGGCAGUCCGGUUACAUGCAGUUUUGGUGGAGUAAACACUUGAUUAUUCAACAGUGAGUCAUUUCUGCAGUAACCUCAUUCUGUCAUGACUGUAUCACAUCUGCUAACUCUCCAAAGCAAAAAUCAUAACCUGUACUGGUUUAAAACAUGAAUACAGCAUCGUGGUUCAUACGUAACACUCUAUUUGGCCAAAGAAGUUAUGUGCUAUAAGUUUAAACGGGCAAAGUACUUGUUCUCAAAGAGAAAAUAUCAGAAACAGCAAAGAUAAUUAUGAAGAAAGCUCCUUCAUUCUUUAGCUCUUCUCACAGUGUCUGGCUUCCCCAUUAUUCUUCAAGUUUCUCUUCAUUCUCUUAGAAAGUCUUUGUGGUUUUGGACUGUAGGGUAUUUAGAACAUAGCAUAUUGGGGCUAGGAUUGUUCUGCUGCCCUCUGAGUUGACUCCCUGCCUUCUGCCGUAUUGUUAUUGUUGACCUCAACCAGAGCUGAGGCAGGCCUGAGUGGAGCAGAACCUCCUCCCAAUAAUGUCCAGCUGUCCUCAAACCAACCUCCACUGAUGGGACGAGAACACUGGAGGCAGAAUAUAGCUCCUGGAUCUUAAUUUGGUUUAAAAUGAUGUGGUACAAAAGAAGGCUCCUGACUGCUAGACAACAGCAUUUUUGCUACACUACUUUAAUUGUAACACUGGAAUUUUAAUUAAACAUAUUUAACAUUUCUUGUAACAGUAAUUUCAUCAAUUUUGAUGGAAAAGAGAGGAAACAGCAAAUAAGGAUAGUGUGAUAAUGACAACAUAGUAAAUUGGGAAACGGUUUAAGUGAGAUACAGCCAACAUACAGUAAACUCCUUUUUAUAAGUGGCUAUACCCAAGAGCACCUUUCGUAUGUUAGAACUAAGCAGUGCUAGUCUAUUGAAGUGCAUAUGGACUACUACUUAAAAUGAACUAUGACAAAUGGUAGUUGAAUGUACUUCCUUUCACUUUUUUCUUGAAAACACUGGAGAUAAUAUGCAGGAAGGAUGAUCUAGUAUUUUUUGCAGAGCGCGCCAUUUGGGGUAUACCGUCCAAAGACAUGCUGCUGUUGUCAGCUGCAGUAGUGGUCGAGGACUUCAGUCAAAUAAGGGCUCCAGAGUGCUUGAUGCAUGGAUACAUACUGAAUGCUCACUUUGUUGUAUAGCACUUCAGUCUGCCAGUAAUGAAGUCUUUUUGACACAGCAUGAUUAUUUUCUUACCCUUGUUCCACUCUAGUAUCUAUGCUUGUCCACCAAUAAAUGAUCUAAGGAGAGGAUGGAAAAUCACUUUGCUGAAUCCAUUACAUUCCUGUCAUGUAUAUGUGAACACAUGGUGGUGGUCUGAACUUUUGUAAUGAAAAGAGUUUAAAAGAAUUAAGAUGUCUCAAUAUUUUAAUCUAUCCUUUGAAAUUAGUUUCUCCCCCUGAUAAGCUGCAGGUUUGUUUAAAAAGUAAAUAAUGGCAGCUGCUGUUGUUUUCUUUGUUCAGUGUUUGAGAUGAUAGUGCAUAUAAUGGAGCCACAAAUUCAUAGAUGCACAAUGCAUGAUUGUUUUCAGAAGUUCAGCUAUUAAUAUUUAUAGUAUUGACCUGAAAGGUUGCAACAAUUUCUCCAUUAGUCACGGUAGUGUUGGCUGAACCUGAAAAUUCAGCGGUCAGUGUGACUACUGUGCUGCUAGCAAGCUACAGUGUACUAAAUAAUGCAAGUUCAGCCUUUCAUGAAACUUAAAGGGAAAAAAGAUCCUGAAUAAAAGUAGAAAUGUAUAGUAAAGGCCAUGGGUAUACAGUUUAACCAUUACUUAUUUAAGUAUUAUCUAUUAUUUAAGCGAUUAGCAGUUAUACAAAUAGUUGAAUAAUUAGCUUCCAAAGCCUUUUUAUUGAUGAAAGAAUAUUUUUUCUCAUUAGAAAUGCUAAGUUCAGUCUAUAUUCCAUUUACUUUUUCCCCAGAUUGGAAAUAAAAUAAAAUGCCAUGUAGCUAAGGCACACUCAAAGGUCUGCACAAUAAAAUGUUACUGAUAGCCCACUACUUGUCAUGAAAAACAUCAUUACUUUGUCUUGUAAAUGAAAAGUCCUCCCUCCCCAGACCACAUACGUGGUAAAAUAUUAGUCACAUUAUGUAUAUCAGCACCACUGAAAGAUUAGAAAUUAGUACCUCCUACUCAAGAGCAGGGCUUAAAAACAUCCUUUGUCUGUUGCAAAAAUACAUUUUGAGGGGGAAACACCAACUGUUGUAGAGGUUAAAUUUUUACUUGACAACUCCUUUUUUCCUCCCCCUUUCUGAAAGAAGUGCUUAUAUACACAGACAAGCAUUUGCCAUUUGGGUGAUACGUUCUCUUUCCAAGUAUGAAAGAGAUGAAACAUAGCCAGUAUCUCCUGUGAACAACCUCUAGUUUGUUUUGCAGCAUAAAAAGUUCUUUUAGUGGCAAUAUAUGAACUCUUAUUAUAAACUUGCUUUAGUCACUUCAGGAAAUGAGUUUGUAGCCAGCUAAUUAGUAUUUCCUUAAUGACUUACGCUUGAGUCUUCACACAGAAAAGCAGCCUCUGGAGGUGCUAUCUAAUCAAUUCAGCACUGUAGACUUAAAAUGGACAGAUGGUUGAGUAUUUCACACUCUCUGGCCCAGAGUGAAGAGCAAAGCAUGCCCUGUUCUGGAAGAGACUUCAACAUGUGCUUAAGCAUAUUGAGAAUUUCCAUUCUCUGUUUAGGACAACAAAAACCCCAUCAUUUGUCCUUACUAAACCCAGGCCUGAUAUGGAAUCUGUGCCAUGUUCUAAUUCAGGAGAGGAAAAGCCUUUCCUUUCAAUGAUAGAAAAAUUAGGUUGGAAAGGACCCGUGGGGUUUAUUUAGUCCAAUCUCCUGCUCAAAGCAGGGCUACCUUUGAGGUUGGAUCGGGUUGCACAGGGUUUGUCUUGAAUUUUGAAAAUCUCCAAGGCGGGUGAUUCCACAGUGAAUUCUGCCAUUGGAUAUAUUCUCUACCCUACCAAGGCUGAUAAAAGUGCAGUAUGCACCUUCAUAAGUGUAUGUGGUUUAUGUUUUUUCCUUUUUUUUUUUUUGUGCACUGAUCUGAUUAGAGUCAAAUUCAGAUCUAGUGGGAGUAAGUGCAACCCUCAUUUUUCAAAGAGCUUCCACUGAUAUCAAGAACUUUUCCUUCUUCCUCAUUUACGUUGGACUAAGCCAGAUCUGAUCACGCUGAGGGUAUCAGUGCAUUCUCUCCCCUCUGUGUAUGUGAAGCCUGCUCCUCUGACACUGAAGCUGAGGAUAGGCAUAGGAUCAGAUUCAGGACAUCUGGUAAAGUCUAGUUCUGUACUGUCUGAGGUCAGUGACAAAACCUUAAUUGGCUACUAAGUUCCUAGACUGGCACCAAAGAAGAGGAUUUACUGAGAUUACUAUUUCUCCUCACAAGUCACCUUAGCAAUGCCACCCCUCUUCCAAAUGCUGCUGAAUUGCAAUGCAAAACAAAACCCUUUCUUCUACCUCUUUCCUUUUAGUUUUUGAGCUUUACUUCCUCUAAUAGGAAUAACCAGAAAUAAGUUUUCAGUUGCCCUUUUAAAAACUAAACUCCAGACCAAAUCUUUAAUUGCAUCCUUUUAAAGGCCACACAGUAGUGUUAAGGUAUGUAGUAAUGCACUCAGAAAGGAUCUGAAAGUCUGUGCUGAGACCAGCACCUCUCACCUCAUAGACUCAGCUGUACUGAGCAAGAAAUUGUGAUUUGUGCCUCUACAGAAAACAUUACAUUUGCAUCUUAUUAGAGCUACCUGGGGAGGAAAAAUAAUGUUGUGGAGACCAGGAAAUUUCUUAAAGUGCUUUACCUGGAGGUCAGUGGAAUUCCAUUUAUAAAUGAUGAAUGCAUGCAUUUUGAUGCUAAAAUUGUGGUGACUUACAAAGUUUGAUAUUACUGUACUUCUCUGUGGAUGGUGAUUUUUUUUGGAGUGGUGAACAUUUUUUCCAAGAAUAUCAUAGACAUUUGUAAUAUGUAUGUUUGUGCCAAUAAAUCUUGUUUUAAGAAGUU